AUGACUUCAAGUGAUUUGGCUCAAAAACCAUUUUAUUGCCGCGAAUGGGUAUUCCAAAAACUAUUACAUUGCUUUGAUCAAAGAAGCAAUUGGAAAACAUGUGGAGCACUUCUAGUUGGAGGUGCUGGAUGUGGAAAAACUUCACUGUGCUGCGAAAUUGUUCAUCCGUCCGGCAGACAACAACGUGCAUUAAACAGAAGACUAUUAGCUUAUCAUUUUUGUCAAGCUCAAAAUAUAAAUACAUUAUCAGUUACACAUUUUAUUCAAAGUUUGGUUUCACAGUUAUCUGAUUCAUUGCCCAAAUCAUACAAAGAAAGAUUAAAAUCUGAUCCAGCAAUACAAGAAUCUUUAUCUCCAAUCAAUAUAGUUAAAGAUGCUGAUGAUGCAUUUAAAAAAGCUGUUAUUUUUCCACUAAAUGAUCUUGAAUUACCAAAACAUACAAUGUUUCUUUUAGUUGAUUCAGUUGAUGAAGGAUUAUGUACAAACGAUAGAUCUGAUCCAAAGUUUAAGAAUAAUUCAAGUAAAACCAUUACAGAGCUAUUAGCUACACAUCAUCAUUUAUUUCCCCAAUGGUUGAUGCUUAUUUGUACAACACGUAGACAAAAUAAAAAUGUUGCUCGUAUGUUCUCUGGUUUUCGUAAAAUUUGCAUAGAUGAUCUCCGUAAAUCACAAGUCGUUAGAGAUAUACAACAGUACAUAUUGAGCCGUUUGGAAUCAGAAGAAUCUUUACGCCAACACAUGAGUAGAGAUACAGCUGAAAUGUUAAAUCAAUUGCACAUAAAAAGUAAUGGUUGUUUUCUUUAUUUGGAAAGAGUACUGGAUGGAAUAUCUGACGGAUGUGUAGUCUUGAGGGAAAUAAAAGAUAUUCCUGGGACUCUAAAUGGAUUGUAUUUAUGGUUUUGUCAGAGGCUUUUGAAUUCAAAACAUUUUUCAAAAGUGCGACCUUUGUUAAAUGUUAUCUUAGCAUCUCCAGAACCUUUAUCAGAAGAACAAUUAAGUAGUAUUAUACAUUCUGUAUACCAAUACAUGUCUGUUGACGAAUUCCAUAAACGAUUUAGCUUAUUAAGAAGAAUAUUUUCAUUACCUAGAGAUUCUAAGAUAAUACAAUUUCAUCACAGUUUUGGAGAAUGGUUCCUAGAUGUCAAACAUUGCACUAGAAGGUUUUUAUGCUCUGCAAAUGAAGGACAUGCUAUGAUUGCUUUUCAUUAUACACUUAGAUGUUCAAAACCUCCUGCAUAUGAUGAAGUUCAUAAAUUAGCCUACCAUUUAUCAAGAGUAAAUCCAUUACCGGUCUGGACAAACUUUUCUGACACUAAUUUACUGCCAUUACUAUGGUUGAUUGAUAGUGGAGCACAAAUUGCCGAUAGUUUGACAAUUCCUUGUUAUGAUAGAAGAGCUGUUAAUUUUUUGGAAGGAGCUAGUAAUUGUUUUAAAUCAGAUGUUGAUUUAAAAUCUAAUAAGUUUGAAACAAAUUUUGGAUUAGUGUCAUCUCCAAAAUAUGAAAAAAAUUCAGUACUUUAUUCAAAUACCUUAUUACCUUCAAAUUUAUAUGAAGUAGAUAUAAAUGGCAGGAAUACAUUGCAUUUGCUUGCAAUGGAUGGAAGUUUAAGUGUUCUUCAGGAUUUAUUAAAAACUCACUCAGAUAUAGAUUUAGAAGUAAAUGACAAUAAUGGACAAACACCACUUAAUAUUGCUGCACGUCACGGUUACCUUGAAGUUGUAGAGCUUCUAUUAAAAUAUAACUGUAAAAUAGAUCAUGCAGAUGUUGAAGGAUGGACUGCUUUAAGAGCUGCUGCAUGGGGUGGUCACUCACAAGUGGUGGAGUUAUUACUUAAACAUGGAGCCAAUGUAGAAUGCUCUGAUUGUGAAGGGCGUGGAGCAUUACGUGCUGCAGCCUGGGGAGGUCACAAUGAUGUUGUGAUGAAAUUACUAGAAGCCGGCGCAAACCCUAAUACUACUGAUGGUGAUGGUAGAACUCCAUUGAUUGCUGCAGCGUAUAUGGGCCAUGCGCAUAUUGUAGGAAGAUUGCUGGAAACUGGGGCAGAUAUUAAUCAUCAAGAUAGUGAUGGCCGAACUGCUUUGAGUGUUGCGGCUUUAUGUGCACCUACUAAUGGAGGAUAUGCCAAGGUUGUCACUUUAUUGUUGGAAUCUGGAGCUUUUGUUGAUCACGAAGAUAAAGAUGGAAUGACACCUUUACUUGUUGCAGCAUUCGAAGGCCAUAGAGAUGUUUGCGAGAUUUUAUUAGAAGCAGAGGCUGAUGUAGACCAUUGUGAUAAGUUAGGUAGAACACCUUUAUGGGCUGCUGCAUCAAUGGGACAUCCUGCUUGUGUUUCACUUUUGUUAUUUUGGGGUUGUUAUGUAGAUAGCAUAGACAAUGAAGGUCGUACUGUGCUCAGUGUGUCUGCAGCUCAAGGGAAUAAUGUUGUAGUGUCUCAGCUACUAGAUAGAGGUCUUGAUGAACAACAUAGAGAUAAUUCUGGUUGGACACCAUUACAUUAUGCUGCAUUUGAAGGUCAUCAGGUUGUUUGCAGAACAUUGUUGGAGAGUGGAGCAAAAAUUGAUCAAACUGAUAAUGAUGGUAAACCACCAUUAAUGUUAGCAGCAGAAGAAGGGCAUUCGGACUUAGUAAGUGAAUUUUUAAAAAACUAUGGAGCCCCUCCGGAUCAAAAAGCUCAUGAUGGAAGAACUGCUUUAAGAUUAGCUGCAUUAGAAGGUCAUAUUGAAGUAGUUAGGAGUCUUGUAGAACAUGGAGUUGACGUUAACAAAAAAGAUGCUGAUGGUCGAAGUACUCUUUAUGUCCUUGCUCUUGAAAAUCAUUUAGCAAUGGCCAAAUUUUUUAUUGACCCAGGUGGAGCAGAUGUUGAAAGUACAGAUUCUGAAGGCCGUACUGCUUUACAUGUUAGUUGUUGGCAAGGUCACUGUGAAAUGGUAUCUUUAUUGUUAAAACUUGGAAAAGCUAAUUUAAACGCAACUGAUAAUGAAAAUAGAACACCUCUUCACUUGGCCGCAUGGCAAGGACAUUCUGUCAUCGUCCGAUUAUUAAUUGAACAUGGUGCUAGUGUUAAUCAUGCGUGCAAUCAAGGAGCAACAGCUUUGGGCAUUGCUUCUCAAGAAGGUAAUGAGACUUGUGUUCGAUUAUUGUUAAUGCAAGGUGCAAAUCCAUUAGUAUCUGACCAUUGUGGAAGAAAUGCUAUAAAAAUUGCUGCUAAAAGUGGUCAUGACAAUAUUGUUAAGCUACUUGAACAAUUUUGUCCUAUAAAAAACGAAAGUAACGGAUUUAAUACAGCUAAUACUUCUUGUGGUUCUGGUUCAACAACUGAAACUAAACCAUCCUCGGCUAUAUUAGUUAAUCCAUUAUUAUCUUGCACCAAUCAUGCUCCGAUUCAUGAUUCAUCACCAAUUGAAUCACCAGAUUCAACAGCUAAACGAACAUCGUUUGUUUCAAACUAUAGUAAAUCUAGUUCUAAUUUGACUGAUAGUACUAAAAGUUCUCACCAAGAUUUACCAACACAAUUGACACCAUUGACGUUUACACAAAAAUUACAACAAUGUAGUCGACGUAUCAAGUCGAGACCCACUUCUAAAGUUCUAAGCCCUCUGCAGAGUCCUAUAUAUGCAACACCGCCUCACAGUCCCAAUUCAGAAGAACCAUCGGCUCCAAGUAUGCAAGUAUUGACGGAUGAUCAUUUUUCACGUGACACUCAUAUGCGAAUUAUUCUUGGUAACAAGGCUGUGUUAAAAAAAUCCACUUCUGAUUCAAAUUACAAUAAGAAUUUGGGAAACGUUAAGCAAAAACGUAAUGGAAUUGUUACGAACCCAGCAUUAAGAAUAAUGCCAGCUAUUCGCAAUGGUCUAGAAAUGGCUGCUGGACGUAAAAAUAAAACACCUCAUUUGCCCACAGAUAGUUUUAAAUGGCGAAAAGAAACGCCUUUGUAA